UCCGCCUUGGGCCGGCGCGGUCUUGGGGAGACGGCGGGACGCAGGCCGGGCGCGGUGCAGCCCGGACGAUGCUGCUGAGCCCCAGCACGGCCCUGCCCGGAGCACAUGAUGGCCAUACGGGAACUCAAAGUUUGUCUUCUCGGGGACACAGGGGUUGGGAAGUCAAGCAUCGUGUGCCGCUUUGUCCAGGACCACUUUGACCACAAUAUUAGCCCCACCAUUGGGGCAUCUUUCAUGACCAAAACUGUGCCUUGUGGAAACGAACUUCAUAAAUUCCUCAUCUGGGACACUGCUGGUCAGGAACGGUUUCAUUCCCUGGCGCCCAUGUACUAUCGCGGAUCUGCUGCAGCUGUUAUAGUAUAUGAUAUCACCAAACAGGAUUCAUUUCAUACCUUGAAGAAAUGGGUUAAAGAGCUAAAAGAACAUGGUCCAGAAAACAUUGUAAUGGCUAUUGCUGGUAACAAAUGUGACCUCUCAGAUAUUAGGGAGGUUCCCUUGAAGGAUGCCAAGGAAUAUGCUGAAUCCAUAGGUGCUAUUGUGGUUGAAACAAGUGCAAAGAAUGCUAUUAAUAUUGAGGAGCUCUUUCAAGGAAUCAGCCGCCAGAUCCCACCCUUGGACCCCCAUGAAAAUGGAAGCAGUGGAAUGGUCAAGCUUGGGAGCCAGAGCUCGCAAGUCAGCCGACGGUGCUGCUGACCUGAGGCCUGAGCCUUUAUCGUGGGCCCUGCUGAAGGAGCCUACUCUGGGGCUGGCACCCACCAUACUCCUGAAAGGCCUUCAGGGAGAGGAGCAGGAAAUGUCCCUG